AUGGAUUUAACAGUUAUCGAAGCAAUUGCUCAAGAUGAAAUGGAAACAUUUGAGGAGCUAGUUAAAGCGGAUAAAGCAAUCCUUGAGCAAAGAACGACUGAUUCCUUAGAUACAGUGUUACAUCUUGCUUCAAUCCAUGGACACCUCGAAAUGGCCAAGAAAAUCACCGAGUGGCGUUCUGACUUGGUGGCUGCGGAGAACAAGCAAGGGGAGACUCCAUUUCAUGAAGCUUGUCGUCGUGGGGAUCUUAAGAUGCUAACGCUGCUACUUGGGGUCAAAACAGAGGCCGGUUAUAAGGCCAACGCAAAGAACCAGUCCCCCCUUUUCCUGGCUUGCAGGAAUGGGCACCUUGAGUUGGUGAAGCUCCUUUUGGAGCGGCCUGAGUUAGUGCAAAUAGAUGGUUAUGAUCAAACUUGUCUUCAUGCUGCUAUACUUCAAGGAAAUACAGAAAUUUUUGAAGCACUUGUUGAUAAGAUGCCAAACUUAGUCGAAAAGCUUGACGAAGAUGGAAAUUCAACAGUGCAUUCUGCUUGUAUGCAAGGGGAAUCAUAUGUGGUGGGUCGACUGCUUGAUAGUAAGUCUAGAAGACAUUUCGACUAUAAUAAAGAUGGCUAUGUAGCACUGCACUUGGCAGCGAUGAAUGGGAGUAUUUCAAUUCUUAAAAAAUUUUUGAGCAACUAUCCAUCCACUUAUAGAAGGCUCACAGAUAACAAGGAAUCAGUUUUUCACUUGGCCACGAGACACAGCAAAGUCGAUGCUUUCUUUUUCUUAGUAGAGAAAUUAAGUUUUUCUCAUUCACACUUCUUACGUCGUCAAGAUGGAUGGGGCAACACCGUAUUGCAUCUCGCAUGUGAAAGCAAAAGUGCCCACAAGAUUGCCGAGUACUUGAUCAAGGAAAAGAUAACAAACGUCAAUGCCUUGAACAACAAAGAACUCACACCGCUGGACGUACUCGACCAGGCUGGGAGCUAUGGUGGAGAAAAAGAAGCUCUUGAAACUUUACUAAUCGUAGCAGGUGGUAAAAGAAAGGCAGAAAUGUUAAACGGAACAGCUGGAGACAGUGACGACGACUCUAAUCCAGAGCGUAUAAUCUCAGUCUUACCAUCGCUCCAUAAUCUUCCUGUAAGCUCACUGCAAGAUAAAGUUGGUGAAAGAAAAAGAAGAAGACCUAAAGCAAAACCUGUUACUUCAACAAAUAUGCAAAAAGAAAAGACGCGUCGCAACCCAGAACAAAUGGAAAUCACUGAAAACAUCGAUCGCAUGCAAAAGAUGGAAGAAGAGUCACUACAAAAUUCAAGAAACACAAUUAUUUUAGUUGCUACUUUGAUUGCAACAGUGACUUUUUCGGCAGGGAUAAGUCCUCCUGGUGGUGUCUUCACGGAUGGACCAAUGAAAGGGAAGUCGACAGUCGACAAAAUGACAGCUUUCAAGGUUUUUACAAUAAGUAAUACAAUUGCAUUGUUCAUUUCUCUUUCAUUGGUCAUGAUUCUGGUGAGGAUCAUCCCCUUUCGAAGAGAAACAUUGAUAAGAAUGCUCAAGAUCGCUGACAGGGUAAUGUGGGUAGCAGUGUCAUUUAUGGCAUCAAGUUAUCUUGCAGCUGCAUGGGUGAUCGCGCCGCAUAGUCGAGGGACAGAAUGGAUGUCUGUGUUGGUAAUCGCGGUGGGAGGAGGCAUACUUGGAAUGGCUUUUAUUUGUGUAGGUGUGAUCACUGCUGAUCAAAGGCGACGCAACAAGGAGUGGAAGGAAAGGGAAACAGAUCAAAUUAAAAAUUCAGACAUAAAGACAAAUUAUGAUCUAGGAUAUCACUCAUUCUAA